AUGAAUACAAUGGCCGGACCCAGCCCUGCCUCUUGGAACGAACCACCAAUCGCUCCACUCCUUUCCCCCUACCGCGAAGAUAAGAGCAAGAGACUACAUAGCCGCGAAGGCAGCCGCAGCAGCGGCAAAAGCCAGUCCUUCUUGGCGUCCUUGGAAAGGCUGAAUUCUCAAUCUAACUGGAGCAUGGGAUCGAUGAAAAAGAAGCAGGCCAUGCUCGUGUCGCGGAUGACGCCGUCUCGGGGGACACGGAGGUCGAGGGCAUCGACCGAGUCCCGGGGGCCCUUUUCGUCCAAAGAGGACUUCGAUGUCGACGACGUUGACGAUGUAGACGACCUGGAGCUGCCGCCGAAUAUCCUGGCGGAUAAUUGGGGUUCUUCGGCACCUUCUUCUGGUUCGGAGCAGCGUCCAAGGCGUCGUGGCAGCAAGAAGCCGAAGAAGAGGGUGGCGAAGAAGGAGCAGAAGAAGAGAGGGUUUCGGGCCAGGCUUCGACGACUCCUCGGUCGGGAUAAGAAGAAGAGCAAGGGUGGUCACGAGUCGCCAUACAGCCACAGGGAGACAAGACAAAACAUGCAGAGCGAGGACUCGGGACUGUCUGAUCAGCAAGAUGCCACGGCAGAGCGGAAUCCUCAACCAACCAAGGCUGGCCUAUCUCCACCGAUAGAGAAUACGCCUCGAUCCAGCUGCCGCAACAUUCUCAGAGACGCUUUCGCCCAAAAUCGAGCUGAGGCAAAGGAGGAGCCGACCGAUAGACCGAAGGAAGCUGUCAAGCCCAUGGAUGAUGGACAUACGACAAAGCAGUGA